AUGCAUACAGGUUGCUUCGCAACCCAAAAAAAAAAAAAAAAAAAAAAAAAACGACAACAACGACAACAACAACAACAACAACAACAACAACAACAACAACAACAACAACAACAACAACAACAACAACAACAACAACAACAACAACAACAACAACAACAACAACAACAACAACAACAACAACAACAACAACAACAACAACAACAGCAGCAACGACAACAGCAACGGAAAACCGGUCACUCUAUUUCACAGCCACGACACAUGUACCGAUGCGCAAUGCAGUGGCAGCCGACAAGGUGGGGGACGUGGACGCACAGUCAUGUGACAAGGCAGGAUGUGCCCCCGAUCAUCACUGCCGCGCCGUCCUUGGACAUUCCUGAAAUCUUAUGCAAGUCGACGCCCACCGUCUCAAGAUGCUGGAGCAGUGCGCCCAAGAGCGCUGCCGCAUCACACUGCUAG